CCCAGAUCUCUCUCUCCUCCUCUAACUAACACUCCGAAACACCCGCCACAUCUCACGCGCCACCGCCCAAAAUGUCCGCCCCACCGACACUUCCCGUCACCAACCCCCAAACGACGUCGUCCUCCGUCUCCCAGGCCCCCAUCGCCACGCCCGCCUUCCGCGCGUUCCUCUCACGCUUCACCUCCUCCAUCCGCUCCGGCUUCUCCCAGCGCCGCCCUUGGUACGAGCUCCUCGACCGGAGCUCCCUCGCCCGACCCGACUCCCUCACCGAAGCCUACUCCCGGAUCCGAAAGAACUUCACCUAUUUCCGCGUCAACUACGUCACUCUCCUCACCGCCGUCCUCGCCCUCUCUCUCCUCACCCACCCCUUCUCUCUCCUCGUCCUCCUCUCCCUCCUCGGCGCGUGGGCCUUCCUCUACCUCUUCCGAUCCUCCGAUCAGCCCCUCGUCAUCGCCGGCCGGACGUUCACCGACGCCGAGACUCUGAUCGGCCUCGUCGCCUUGACGGUCAUCGUCGUCUUCUUUUCCAGCGUCGGCUCGCUUCUCAUCUCGGCGUUGCUGAUCGGAUUCGGGAUUGUCUGCGCGCACGGCGCGUUUAGGGUUCCGGAGGACCUGUUCCUUGACGAUCAGGAGCCUGCUAACGCCGGAUUCCUCUCGUUCCUCGGUGGUGCCCAGGCUGCUGCUACCGCCGCGGCGGCGCGUGUGUAGGUGGAUCUUGAAGCAAGGAGGUCUGAGGCUGAUGGCUAUAAAGGUUGGUGAGGCCAAAUCUGUUUUGUAACUGAUAUUCAAUUCAUAUUAGGGGGAAAUAUAUUCAAUUUGUUUGCUGAAAGAUAGAAUCUAUGUAGAUUGGAUCUGGAAUUUCUAGUUUGUCUUUAAAUUUUCGAGAUGUAAUGCUACUUCUUUCUUAGUAUAACUUUUGAUUUCAAUGCAUUUUGUUCCUU